AUGAUCUCUAAGCUAGUGACACUCCUCUGUCUCAGGCUGUGUGCUGGCCAAGGAAGCAGGGGGACCAACGAGUCCCUUCCCAAGCCCUCCCUCAGGGCCUGGCCCAGCUCGGUGAUGCCUCCCUGGAGUAACGUGACGCUGCAAUGCCAGACUUCUACCAAGAAUGCCAACUUUGUUCUCAGCAAGGGAAAAGUUCCUUUGGAGUCUGGGCAAUCAUGGAUUUCCACAGAUGGGCCGGCUGAAUUUCACCUCACUGACCUACAAUUCAGCAAUGCUGGAAAGUACACCUGUGAGUACUACAGACGGGGGGCCCCGAGCACACGUUCACAGCCCAGUGACGUCCUCCUACUACUGGUGACAGGAAAUUUUCCUAAACCUUCCCUGCAAGCCCACCAAAGGGGUGAGGUGACCGCAGGAGACACCGUGACCCUAUGCCAGACGGCAGCCAAUGUUUACGAGACUAUAAUGUUUGCUCUACUGAAGGCGGGAGCAGCAGGGCCCGUUCAGCUCCAGGGUCCAGUAGAGAAGGAGACGGACUUCUCCCUCCAGAAUGCGACAGCUGGUGACACCGGGAACUACAGCUGUGUGUACUUCCAGACCAGCGCUCCUUUCUGGGCCUCCAAGCCCAGCAAUCAUCUGGAGAUCCGGGUGACAGCUCCCCCAGGGGCCGCGUCCCGGGAUUACACCUCGGGCAACCUCAUCCGACUGGGUCUGGCUGCCGUGACUGUGGUGAUUAUGGGGGCUCUCGUGGCGGAAGCCUGGUGCGGCCAGAAGGAGUCUCCACGUGCAUCCACAUAAAACAGCUGAGCGCGUCUCUUCUUUGGGCUGGUGUCGCGACACGGGGCUCUCUCAACACCAGACUCCACCAUGGGACUUCUUGUGGUUCUCAACGUAGACACAGACGGCAUUUUGGGUGGGACAGUUCUUCAUCACAGGGGACUGUCCUGUUUGUUGUGGGAACACUUAGCACCACUUCUCAUUCCCAUUAAAGAGCAGUUGAAGCCCCAGUCAUCGUGGAAGAAGAUAGCAAACAAGUUCUAUUGUGCUUUUCCCAACACCCCUAGAUGUGGAGGACGGGAGUGGGGUGGUGUUGUCCUGGUGGACAGCCUGCAUGAGGAGGCCAGGGAAAUAAUAUUCUUCCUCUUCCUCCCUCUCCUGGCCUCAGGUCUGUACUGCCCACAUGCCCCUGGCUGCCUAGGAAGGAUGAGCACUGGCGGGGAGCCCUGUGGAUUCUGAGUCCCACGGAACCUGCACUCUUCGCUCUAUGAAGAACCACUCGCGGACGAGACUCACCUUCCCUCCUGCUGCAGCUUCGCCUGGGGCUGAGGACAGGCUGGAGCCUAAAGAUGCACCUCAUAAACUUGGAGGACCUGAAAAAAUGCUUAAAGCUUCAGAGUCAGGCUGGGUAACCUGUGUCGUCACUUCUGUAGGAACUGUCAUUCCACUGAAAAGUGGGGAAAACACUGCUACCCACAUAUCCAUUACUGACUCCUCUCCAUUCUCUAUUUCGUGCUUCUGGACCAAUGAGUCGGGUAUUUAAACUUCCGUACUCAUCGCACGUGUCUUUCGACUUUGAUUUCCCAGAGUCCCAACAUUCCACCUCAUUUGGGAGACUUCCUCUCAGUUUCUGGCACCGAGCUGCCCCCGAGGUGCGCCCACAUGUCUCAUUUCCUGGUGCAGCUGUAAAAUGUUCCAUAGUAUUUUCAUGUUCAAGAUCUGUUGUUUGUCAAUAAUCUUGUUCUUUUUCACAAAUACCCCUUCUUAUUUUAGAGCUGGUAUCGC